AACCCGAGACUUGUUGUCAAAUCCAUAUCAGUUAUCAUUUGUAACUCACAAACCAAAAACUUAAUAAAAAUGAAAUUCCUUAUCUGCUUGGCUCUCUUCAUUGCCGCUGCCCAGGCUGGGGUGGUAGCCCCAAUUACCACCUAUAGUGCUGGUUAUACCACCUAUGCUGCCGCUCCUGCCUAUACCGCCUACUCUGCUCCCGCUUAUACCACAUAUUCAGCUGCUGCCGUUCCUGCCGCUUACACUGCAUACAGUGCUCCGGCUUAUACAUCUUCGUUAGCUUACACCGCUCCAGUGGCUUAUGCCGCUCCCGUUGCCACUUUGUUGAAAAAGUAAACAGGGAUUGCGGGAAGUUCGUAUGGUGAUUUUGGCUAAUGACAACUGACAAUUCUUUUUUGUGGAUGGAAUAAAGGUUACCUGAAAAAUAAAAAAA